UACAACUUCUGGCAGGUUAAUGUCUGAACUUUGGAGUGAAACACACCCUUAGUUACAAGAAAUAACACCACUGUCUGUAACAAAGUGAAUCCACCUUAACACCACCUGUGUGUGUGACUGCAUUACACUCCCACUGCUGGGAACCUGAACAAGAACCAGAACAAAGUCUAAAAUAGAAGCUGACAAACAGCUGCACCACCGAGUGACACUUUAUUUUAUAAACUUCACAACAGGUUUCAUGUUGUGACCUGUGGAGGUGAAAUGACACAAAACCUGUUUUACAGUUUUUCAGCUACAGGCAGGAUUGAAACACAUCUUAGUUAAAAGUCAAACAGCAACAUUUUUCUCCUCCCCUCACGUCACUCAAAUGUGACAAACCAGGAAACAGGAAGUUCUUCGUCCUCAGUAAAGAGAGACGCACAGAUGAUCAGACUGAGUUCAGACCAAACUAGCAGCUUCCUCUGAGUGAGUCCAGCUACAGGAGAGAAAAGUGGAAAACUCCAACACUGCUGCUUCAAGCUGCUGACGCUCCACACACUGAAUCUUCACUCACAGACUCAAUGGCUUCCAGAUCAGAGGAGGAUCUCUGCUGUCAGGUCUGUCAGGAGGUCUUCAGAGAUCCUGUUCUUCUGUCAUGUAGCCACAGCUUCUGUAAAGACUGUCUGAAGAGAUGGUGGAGAGAGAGACCAACACACGAGUGUCCAGUUUGUAAGAGAAGUUCUUCAAAGAAUGAACCACUUUCAAAUCUGGCUUUAAAGAACCUGUGUGAGUCGUUCUUACAGGAGAGAGAUCAGAGAGCUUCAGAGGCUCUCUGCAGUCUGCACUCUGAGAAACUCAAACUCUUCUGUCUGGACCAUCAGCAGCCAGUGUGUCACAUCUGCUGUGCCUCAGAAAAACACACCAUGCACAGAUUCAGACGCGUCGAUGAAGCUGCACAACAACACAAGAAGAAACUUCAGGAAACUCUGGAGCCCUUAAAGAAGAAGUUAAAGGUUUGUGAAGAAGUUCAAGUGAAGUUUGAUCAAACAGCAGAACACAUUAAGGUCCAGGCCCGACACACAGAGAGGCAGAUUAAGGAGCAGUUUAAGAAGCUUCACCAGUUUCUAGCAGAGGAAGAGGAGGACAGGCUGGCUGCACUGAGGGAGGAAGAGGAGCAGAAGAGUGGGAUGAUGAAGGAGAAGAUGGAGGCUCUGAGCAGAGAGAUAGCAGCUCUUUCAGACACAGUCAGAGCCACAGAGGAGGAGCUGAGAGCUGAAGACGUCUCAUUCCUGCACAACUACAAGGCUGCAGUGGAAAGAGUCCAGCGCUGCCCCCUGCUGGAUGAUCCACAGCUGCCCUCAGGAGCUCUGAUAGACCAGGCCAAACACCUGGGCAACCUGACCUUCAACAUCUGGAAGAACAUGAAGGACAUGGUCUCCUACACUCCUGUCAUUCUGGACCCAAACACUGCUCAUCCAAACCUCAUCCUGUCUGAAGAUCUGACCAGUGUGAGAGGAGGAGAGAGGCAGCAGCUUCCUGAUAAUCCAGAGAGGUUUGACUAUUAUAAAUCUGUCCUGGGCUCUGAGGGCUUUAACUCAGGGACUCACAGCUGGGAUGUUGAUGUUGGAGACAGUACAGUGUGGAGACUGGGUGUGUUAGCAGAGUCUGUGCAGAGGAAGGGACGCAUAGAGUCUGGAUUAUGGGGAAUAAGGUUCUAUCAAGAUAAAUACUCAGCAUGUUCACCAUCAGCUCCUCGCACUGCUGUCUCAGUAGAGAAGAAGCUCCAGAGGAUCAGAGUGAAUCUGGACUGGAACAGAGGAAAGCUGUCGUUCUCUGAUCCUGAUACUAACACACACAUACACACCUUCACACACACGUUCACUCACAGGAUGUUUCCAUACGUUGGAAUUAUGGGUAAAGUGAAGGUGUGUCCGUUGAAGGUGUCCGUGUCAGUGGAGCAGAUGAGUUGAGGAUGAUGAUAUUUCUAAUGUUGUUUCCUGUCAGUGAAUUGAAGCUGUUAAACUGCAGCUGUCCUCCUGCUGCCUCGUUGUUCCAAAGCUCUUUGUUUCUCUUUUAGUUCUCACUGUUUCUUUCUGUUUCUGCUGUCCACCUUUUCACAUGGAAAAUCAUUUCACUGUUUCUCACUGAAUGACUCCCCAAACUAGAUUUGAAAUUCUAUCAAGUUUCUAAUCAUUACAAGUGAUUCAUGUUUCUAUUUGAUGUGUGUAAAUGGAGAUGAUUUAGUUUGCUGGGAUAUGGACUGACAUGUGUUGAAUGGGA